GAUCGGAGACCCACUGGACGCAGCACGGAGAUUAAACCCUUACACCAAACCUCAAAGGUCAUGGCGCAGCGGGGACCCUGGGCUCUGACUCUCCUUUUCCUGGCCACAAGUUUCCCGCACAUAGCAUCAUACUCAGGUUGCGGAAAGCCUCUGACAUCAGACCGGAUUGUUGGAGGUCAAGAUGCGCUAUACGGGGAGUGGCCGUGGCAAGUCAGCCUGAGGAAGGGUGGAUACCACAUCUGCGGGGGCUCCAUGAUUGACACCCAAUGGGUCAUUACUGCUGCACACUGCUUCAUACAGCCGUAUUUGCCCUCGGACUAUAGCGUGAAUCUUGGAGCAUACCAGCUGUCGGUACCCAGUGGGGUAAUGGCUAAAGUCAGCAACAUUUACAUCCACCCCACAUACAAGCGGGCAGGAUCCAGCGGAGAUAUCGCCCUCAUUAAACUUCAGAACCCCGUGCCGUACACGGACUACAUGCUGCCCGUUUGCAUCCCCGCUUCAGACGUUGUGUUCCCGAGUGGCCUUAGCUGCUUUGUGACUGGCUGGGGGUCCAUCCGACAAGGAGUGAGUCUUCCAUCUCCACAAACACUCCAGAAGGUCCAAAUUCCGAUCAUAGAUCGAACGACGUGUGAUGCCAUGUACCACGCGAACAACCCCACUCUGCUCCCCAAUGUCACCAUCAUCCUGUGGGAUAUGAUAUGCGCAGGAUUCAAGGAUGGACAGAAAGAUUCAUGUCAGGGUGACUCCGGUGGCCCCCUCGUGUGCCGAUGGGAUGGCUCAUGGCUUCUAGCUGGAAUAGUGAGCUGGGGUUUCGGAUGCGCCAUCCCCAGCCGCCCUGGCGUAUACACUCACGUCCCCUCGUACUCAGUCUGGAUCAAGCAGCACAUACCGGCGUUUGAGCUCACCCCCGCCAUCAUCAGCCUGGACACCGCCAAUGGUUCGGGGGGUCCCUCCUUCUGCCUUGCCCUCGUCCUCCUCCUCGCCCUCGUCCUGCAUGAGUUUGUGUAGCCUGCAGAGUAUAUGGGCAUUCGGGGUUAAGGAGCCUUUCCGCAUAUUGGAACUGUUAACCCCUUUUCUGCUGGCAUCUUAAACAUCCGUUACAUUGUAUCGUUUAUCUCCUAUUUUGAAAAGCAGGUAUACCUCUGCACCUAAAGGGGUCCGACGCUGCACUUUGGGGAUAUAGCCCUGAAUUAAUAAAGAGGGUUUAUUCCUCAGGUGAAGCAGAAAUACCGCAAAACGGCAACUAGAGACUUUAUCAAAUGCAAUCAUUUAUUUAAUUAAACUUUGAAAGAGGUGGA